AUGAACUCUCCCCCGCAAGAUGAACUUCCUACCAUCAUUGGGUUCGAAGAUGGAGACCAGGAGAAUCCGUACAAUUGGUCGACGGCCAAGAAGUCUGUCAUUGUCAUUCUCGGAACGCUGGUCGUGGUGAACAGCACCGUCGCCAGCGCGCUGCCCAGUGGCGACUCACCCCAACUACAGCAGCAUUUCAAUGUCUCAGACGAAAUUCAGCUGGUCCUUCCUAACUCGAUCUUCCUGGUUGGCUAUGUCCUGGGCCCGUUUUUCUUCGCACCUCUCAGUGAGAACUAUGGCAGACGAUUUAUCGUUGUGGGCACUUUCCUGGCUUACACCAUCUUCACCUUGGCCAUAUGUUUUGCGCCAAACUGGGCGGCGUUCAUCAUCUUUCGACUUCUGACUGGCAUCUUUGGGUCUACGCCUAUAUCAGUGACUAGCGGACUCUUCGCCGACGUUUUAAACAACCCAGUUCAUAGAGGACGGUCGGUUGCUUGGUUCAUGGCAAUAGCGGCUUUUGGGCCUGCGUUGGCGCCGACUCCAUCAGGAUACCUCUCGCAAUACAGCUGGCGAUGGCCCUUCUGGUUUGGUCUCAUCUUCGCUGGUGCAUGCGCCGUGCCGAUAGUGUUCCUGCCUGAGACAUUCGGCCCGGCAAUACUGGCGAAGAGGGCACGUAAACUGAGGAGGCAAGAUCCAAAUGCUAACGUAUACGGCGCCCUCGAGUUGAAGAAAGUCUCACCUCGUCUGUUCGUUACAACAGUCCUCGGAAGACCACUUCGAAUGAUCAUUACCGAACCUAUCGUGUCGGCAUCUUGCUUGUAUCUGUCAUUGAUAUAUGCUGUGUUCUUCAUGUUGGUGCAGGUGUAUCCGAUCAUCUUCGAGCCAAUCUACAACUUCAAUCAGGGAGAAACGGGUCUCGCAUUCUUGGCGUUCGCCGUUGGAUCGUUACUAGCCUUACCCUUCUGCUUCUGGUGGGACCACAUCCUCUUCACUGCCAAAGCAAAAGCACGACCAUGGUCGAACAAAGCCGAAUACCAAAGACUACCACUGGGCAUCGGAUUCGUGCUCAUCUCGCCGCCAGAGGCACGGCUACCGCUCUGCAUGGUGGGUUCCAUUGCUGUUCCUAUCGGUCUAUUCUGGUUCGCAUGGACCAACGGGCCAUCCGUACACUGGAUCGUGUCUAUCAUAGCUGGUGCGCCGUUCGGCUUCGGGCUUGUCUGGGAUGGAAACAGCUUGGGGAGGGUCCGUGUAUGCGGUCUCGCGAACUUCCUCGUCGACUCUUAUCGAAUCUACUCGGCGAGUGCCAUGGGUGCCACGAGUAUCUCGAGGAGCAUUUUUGGAGUCGUCAUGCCAUUUGCUGCUAGACCCAUGUAUGAAGCCCUGGGCGUUGCCUGGGCUUGCAGUCUUCUCGGCUUUGCGAGUCUUUUGAUGUGUCUUAUACCUUAUGCUUUCAUUUGGUAUGGUGAACGACUCAGGGCGAGUAGUCCGAUGUGUCAGGAGUUGGCGAAACAGGACAGCGAAGUCUCAACUCCUGUGCGGCAAGAUGAGGAGAAGGGAGACAUUGAGCGCAAGUAG